UUCAACGAAGAAGAAUAGAAGUUCCGCUUUGAUAGAUAUGAUAGUUGUUGAGUUUGAAUCGCUUGUCGUAUCUGUUGUUGGGCAGUAGCUGGGCAGGAUGCUGCUUGUUUUGUCUGAAGACCAUAAAGAGCACCUCUCCUUCCUGCCGAAGGUGGACGCCGCAGUGGUAGGAGAGUUUGGUCGCAUAGCGCUGGAGUUUCUUCGGAGAGGAACCAGCACCAGGAUCUACGAGGGAGCAGCCAGGAAGCUGUGUGUUCCUGUGGAAAUGGUAAAGCAUGGAGUGGAAGGCCUGAUGUUUCUGAUGACGGAGAGCUCCAAACACAUGAUCUCUGAAGUGGAUUUCCUGGACUCUGUGUUGGUUUUGGGGUUUGAUGAGGAGCUGAACCAGUUGCUUGUACAGCUCUACCUGCAGCACCGCAGCCAGAUCCGCAGCGUCCUGAGUCAGCUACCCACCAAUGUGCCGGCAUAUCACAACCUGGAAUGGAGACUGGAUGUACAGUUGGCGAGUCGUUCAGUCCGUCACCAGGUUGUUCCCAAACUGACGAUGCGCCUGCUCCUAACAAGAGGCUGUGACAACAGCAGCAGAGUUCUCCAGACAGACCCGAGCACCCUCCUGCACCUCAUCGCCACACUGGAGAUCGCUUUGGCUGCCAUGAAAACCAGUCAUGCUCGUCGCAUAUUACGCAACAUCAAAUAACCCAAAGGCAUUACAGUGUCCCUUUGCAACACAUCACAUUGUGCCACAAUGCCUUUAUACCUGAGCAGAAUAAUGAGCAGUGCAGUGUUUUAUUUCAUUUGCUUUUUGUCCUUUAACCAUGUUAAACUAGGUUUUUGCCAAUCUGACUGCCAAAUGUUCAUCACUUUUAUAACCCUUAAAUUAUGAUUCCGACCAAAUUGUAUUGAUGAUUGUAUAUUCAUAUUCUACAGUGCUACUGAUAUAAAAGUAUAUAUGUAAUAUACGUGAUCAUGAAGCGUGCUCAGUUUAAAAGACAGGAGGACUCUAAAAUAAAAAUGAUAAAAUAAAAGGGACGCGCUGUCGAGUCUGCGUCCACACAUCGGAGAACAACACAGAAGAUGAGAGCUACUUUACUGACUCUGGCUUAUACUGAGUCAUGUUAGUCAGAUACAGAACACUGGGUGAUUUCUCCAUAAUGAAGACUGACCACGUUUACCAGCCUGCUUGUACGUGAAGUGUACCGUUUUGAAGCAGACCUCUUCCAAGCAUGCCGGGGCCGAGACUGGAGCACUCACACUGGUCAAUGAAGUGACGACUUUAGGGGUGAAGCGUGAUUAGACACAGUACAGAUUGACUGUUGUGAGUGCGCCCCUAAACCCUGCUGUGCCUGAGCAGUCAGAGAUGUUGGGUGGUGUGGUGCGGAUUGCUUUGUGAGUUCUCCCAGAAAGCAGUAAAGUAUAUACCAAAAUAUAUAUUUGUAUGCAGUGUGCACCACAGUUUGAUACAACUGACAAGGGUAUCGGGCAAUUUGGAAAACAGACAGUCAAUGCCUUUUUCAUGAGCAUGUUAAUGUUAAACAGCAACACAUCAGAUGGAUACUGGAGGGUUGUUGCUCAUUUUCAGGGACCUACAGUACACACAGAGGUCAAUCUUACAUAAUGAGUGAUGGGAAGUCAUCCCUGUAUUUGAGAGGUCAAGAAGCAACUAAACAACAACUUGGUUUUCAUUAAAUGCAAUAGACCAGAUAGCAAUAAAAUCACAUAGUUUAGAUGAAUAGGAAUACGUUAAUGGAAAGUAUACUUCAUCAUGCAGUAUAGUUUGUUAGAACUUUCAGAGCUAGUUGUUAUUGGGGUUGAAUUUUUUACUAUUGGCAUUUUUUUUUAAUUACACAAAACCAUCCAGCCAGCGUAUAUGUUAAACUUGACCUCAUGAAUCUUUGCAAGAUCCAGGUUUAUUAUAUCUUAGCCAAUCAUAGCUGUGGAAAUCCAACAACUACAACCAGGAUAGUAGAAGAGCCUAUUGCUGUAUGUUUGAUAUUAGUAGCUUAAAAACUUCCCAAAUGACAUAACAGAAGAAAUAAGAGUAACAAUAACAUCCUACACUCCUUGUAAUGGUUAGCCUCCUCUGUAUCUUGUAAUGUUUAUGAACUUUUUUGCCAGCAUUGUCUUGUUUUGUUACUUAGCCAAAAUAAGCUGUACGUUUUCUGUAUUUGACACUUUUUUUUACUUACUUUUUUAAAGGGGACAUAUAAUGAAAAA